CUCCGCUGCGGCUGCGGGGGCCUCGCUCGGCGCCCGACGAGCGGCCGCCCCGUGGGGAGCCCGCCCAGGCCAUGGCGACCCACGGGCCACGCGCGCCCCCUCCGCCUUCGCGGCCGCCGCGAGACACCCGCGACGCGCCAACUGCCGGGACCCCUACCCAGGCCUCGCGACCCCGGCCCGGCCGGACCCCCGGCGGCCCGGUGGCCAGUGCCUACAAGAGGGUGGACUGGGCUCCGGAGGCGGUAGAGAAAAGGGGACCAUACAUCAUGACCCGGAUGCCUUCCAUCCAGGCCAAGCUGCAGAAGCACCGGGAUCUGGCAAAGGCUGUCCUGCGGAGGAAAGGCGUGAUGGGAGCCUCUUCACAUCAUCCCAACUCUUCAGGGAAAAGGUCAGUGAAGUUUAACAAGGGUUAUGCUGCCCUCACCCAAAGUGCAGAUGAGAACCUGGUGUCUCUUGAUUCAGACAGUGAUGGAGAACUGGAAUCCAGAUACUCAUCAGGAUACUCCUCUGCAGAGCAGGUAAAUCAGGAUCUGAACCGGCAACUGUUAGAGGAUGGUUAUCACUUGGAUGAAAUGCCAGAUGAUGAAGAUCUGGACCUCAUUCCUCCCAAGCCCAUGGCUUCCUCAUCUUGCACCUGCUGCUGCUGCUGCCUCGGGGAAGCAUUCUCCUGCACCGUCCAGUAGGCAGUGCCUGCCUGAGGGGAAGCUGCAGUAGGGACAUUAGCUUCCCUGGGGUGUAGAGGGCAUUGUCCUCUACUUCCCUGGUGGACAAAGCCAUCAGCACCAGAUUUCAUCAGGAGCCAAACAUCAACCUAGGAAGGUCAGUGACUUGUAGGAAGCUCUGCCACAAUGUCUCAGGCCAAAGGCUUUGGAGGGCAGAGUUAGGUGGGAAGUGCUUGGGAAUGUAGGAGGGCUCCUUACGGCUUCUUGCUGAUGCAGCAGUCACAUUGGGAGAAGACUUCUGUACAGGGAGGGAAAUGCAGGAUUUUUCAAUUCUUAAGAAUAAGGGUAACAGAAUUUGUCUUCUUUUAGAGAAGAAAGUCAUCAGCUCUUGAAAUUGACCCACUUAGCAUUUGAAGGUAUUGUGUGUUCAGGAUGAGAUUCUGUGGCCAGGUGGGGAAGAGGAGUCAGAGGCAGCUGCCCUUGGCUGAGGAGCAUUUAAGAAGGAUUUGGCUCCCUUGGGAUUCUGACAGAAGGAAGUUUUGCAGGCUUUGGCAAGGACCUAGGUAGUCCCUGUGGGCUUGCCCUUCCAAAGUGAAAUGUGUACCUUCUCUUAGGUGCUGCUGGCUGGGCUUUCCCCUUCCCCUAAGCUUACCUCUGGUGAGGGAACCCCAGUGCUUUGGGACUGUUGGCUGUGGCCCCUAGUAGUGACCAACUUCCAAUUCCUAAUUGCUGACUGGGCAAGACCCCAUAGUCAGGUGCUGGGGCUGCUCUGCACAGCUAGCCCUUCUUUCCCUCCCAAUCUGUAUCUAUUUAUUUAUUUAUUUAUUUGGGGUUUCUGGUCUCUUGUUUUUGGCCUUGUUCUCAUCUGGCUCCCCAGGCCUAUUUCAUGGGUUGAUGGCAUUCAGAUACUAUGGGAGGGGGCUGGCCUCCGGCUUUGGUGAGGAGAGGAUUGAUCAGCAGUUUUUGUAAUCUUUGUUAAACAACUCUGGAGUCGGACUGAAGUUGGCAGACUAAUGUGGGGUUUAGCCUAAGGAAUAGAAAGUGGGAGUCAGACAAACCAGGGAAGCACAUAACCAAAGGGGCCAACCAUCCUCAUGGCUCUCCUGCCCUUCAUAUUCCUCUCACCUCUUGGUGGACCUCAGCAAAUCCUCAAGGCAGGUGUAGAGUCGGGGUUCCUAUGGGCAUUUUGGGGUUUUCAUUUUCACUCAGGAGUCUUAUUUCCUCAGCCAGAAGGAUCCAGGAAUAACAUCUAGAUAGAAAACCUUGAGAUUUGCCCUUCGCAUUCUUUGUUUAGACUUGGGGACUUUUUGUAGUCGGGCUCAGCUUCUCCCUGCAUAUUUAGAUUUCCAUGUGGUUAGUGUGUUUUCCCUGUAUUGGGGGGAUGUGGGCCAUGGAGGGAGCUGGUGUGGAAUUGGGAAUGGGCCAGGCCACAGCUCCCCUUGGCUGCCUGUCUUCCACACGGACCCUUCCUGAGCUGCAGACUAUUUUCUUGACAUUUUCCCAUCUCCCCAGCUGAGUUUGGGGGACUGCCUGUACCAAGUCAGUGCUUGGUCUCAUGGUCUCUGUGGGAAGAGGAACGUGAAGGGAGCUGGGGCAGCCUCGAAGGUGCUUUGGAGUCGCUUGACUCCACUAAUCUAUUGUCCCACUGGCCUUGUCAGUCCACAGGAAGGCUAUGUGACCAUGAGGAUCUGCUAGAUCUGGACUGGACAAGAGAAGGCCAGAGGGAUUUCAGACACAACCUAAACAUUAACAGUAACUUUGUCCUAUUUUUUUUUUGUACUUUUGGUCUAAGCCUCAGACCCCUUUGGGGCAGUUGUUUCACUGUAGCUGUCUGUCCACUUUUAGGAUCUGUGCACAUCUGUAUUCCCAGGUUGUUGUGUUACGGCUUGUUUCGAGUGUGUAUGGUUUUUUUUUUUUUUUUUUUUUUUGGUAAGGAAUGAGAACAAGUGAGUGGGGAGAAAAAAGCAUUGGAAGGCUGUAGGACAGGCCUGGCCGGGAGCUCAUUAAAAGCUUGGUUACCUUCUCACCUUUAUGGAUCUUCUGGUGGGGCAACAGAAGGACUUGAGUGAGGUUCAGGCAUUCCCCCAGUGGGAUGAAAAGGUAGAAAAGCCUGGACUCCAAGCCUGUUUCUAGGCCCAGAACCAGGGUUCUUCCCUAGACUUAUGGGGUUGUUCUGACCCCCUGCUUUAGCUCUUGGCUUUCCACCCCAGUUGUUUCUUUGGUUGUCUCGUUGAAAUGAAAAGGGCCUCUGAAGUUUCUGGCACUAAUGCUCAUCCUGCCUCACAGGUCAGUGGGGAUUCCAUUCUGACAGGAAGCUGUAAAGGCUCUAGGUAGAACUUGUAAGAGGGUGGAUAUUGAACAGUAUUGUCAAUGAAACAUCAUCUGUCUGGAACCCCAGCCUCAGACCAAGCUGCUGGUUAAAGUCCCAUGGCCCCGCACCACCAGUGACAGGGCUGCUUUGGGUCCCUCACCUUCUGGUGCUCUGCAACUGACAAUCAGUACACUUGGGAAAAUGGACCGGUUUGUUUUGGCUGCUUAAUCUGGAGGUGGGUUUAUGUGGUGUACAUAGUACAUAGUAUGUAUAUUCAGAGAUGUGUAUGGCUUAGAGUUUUCUAUCAUGAGCAGAGUUUAUAAUAUCAAUAAAUUUCUUCAUGCUACA